UGAACCGCCACGAGACCCUCGAGUCGGCUGCACGCUCCGGGAUGACAGCGACCGGCUGCAGCAAGUAGACCCGCGGCAGCUCAGGAGGGGUUGACGAUCCUCUGCAAGAAGACUUCCUUAAGGUCACCGCCGUCCACACGACAACAUGGCCGACGCUGUGAACACGCUGCCUUUCUUCUACGGCAACAUCACCCGGGAGGAGGCGGAGGACUACCUGCGCCAGGCCAACGUGGGAAACGGCAUCUACCUGAUCAGGCAAAGCCGGAACUACCUGGGCGGCUUCGCGCUGUCCGUGUUGCAUUCGGGCCACUGCUACCACUACACCAUCGAGAGGGAGCCCAACGACACGUAUGCCAUCGCCGGGGGGAAGAGCCACAGGACCCCCGUGGGCGUGAUCGACUACCACUCGCAGGAGAUGGACGGCCUGGUGUGUUUGCUGAAGAAGCCCUGCAACCGGCCCAAGAACAUGCAGCCCAAGAUCGGGCCCUUCGAGGACCUGAAGGAGAAACUGAUCCGGGAGUAUGUGACGCAGACGUGGAACCUGAUGGGUGCCGCUCUGGAGCAGGCCAUCAUCAGCCAGAGGCCUAAGCUGGAGAAGCUCAUUUCCACCACGGCUCACGAACAGAUGCCGUGGUUCCACGGGUCCAUCACCAGGGAGGACUCGGAGCCCCGCCUCCUGAGCGGCCCGCGCACCAACGGGAAGUUCCUGAUCCGUCAGAGGGACUCCGGUGGGUCCUACGCUCUGUGUUUACUUCAUGAGCGUCAGGUGAUGCACUACCGGGUGGACCGGGACGGCUCGGGGAAGCUCUCCAUCCCGGACGGGAAGAAGUUUGACACCUUGUGGCAGCUGGUGGAGCACUACUCCUACAAGCCGGACGGGCUGCUGCGGGUGCUCACGGAGCCGUGUUCGAGGCCCGAGGGAGAAACCGGGCUGAUUGGCCGGCCCCCGCUCCCACGGGACCCCCCCGGGAUCACGUCGGCCUUGCAAAAUGCAGCAGGUGGAAUUUUCUCCAAACUCAGAACUGUUCCCAUUCCUGGUAUAAAGAAGAACCGAGGAUCUCGACACACCUCAGAUAAUCUCAAUUCUUAUGAAACCAGCGUGCCCAACAACCAAGCAGCCAGCAAAGACGCCAUGCCGAUGGACACGCAGGUGUACGAGAGUCCGUACGCCGACCCGGACGAGCUGAGGAGUUCUACGGUGGAGCGCAGCCAGCUGUUCCUGGAGGACGGGGAACUGGGCUCCGGGAACUUCGGUACCGUGAUGAGGGGAACCUACAAGAUGAGGAAGACCGAGAAGCAGGUGGCAGUCAAGAUCCUGAAGAACGAGGACAACAACCAAUCGGUGCACGAGGAGAUGCUGCGGGAAGCCAGCGUGAUGCAGCAGCUGGACAACCCGUACAUCGUGAGGAUGAUCGGGAUCUGCGAGGCGGAGAACCUCAUGCUGGUGAUGGAGCUGGCCGAGCUGGGCCCGCUGCACAAGUUCCUCCAGAAGAACAAACAGACCAGCGUGAGGAACAUCACGGAGCUGGUCCACCAGGUGUCCAUCGGGAUGCGCUACCUGGAGGAGCACCACUUCGUCCACAGGGACCUGGCGGCCCGCAACGUGCUGCUGGUCACGCAGCACUACGCCAAGAUCAGCGACUUCGGCCUCUCCAAGGCCCUCGCGGAGGAGCACAGCUACUACAAGGCUAAAGGUCAUGGGAAGUGGCCCGUGAAGUGGUACGCUCCUGAGUGCAUCAACUACCUAAAGUUCUCCUCCAAGAGCGACGUGUGGAGCUUCGGGGUUCUGAUGUGGGAGGCGUACUCCUACGGCCAGAAACCAUACAAGGGCUUGAAAGGAAACGACGUGAUGCAGAUGAUUGAAGGCGGGCGGCGCAUGGACGCCCCGGGCAGCUGCCCUCCGGAGAUGUACGAGCUGAUGAGGACCUGCUGGACGUACACGGCGGAGGACCGGCCUGCAUUCAACGUGGUGGAGCCCAGACUACGAGAGUACUACUACGACAUCGCCCAGUGAUCCAUCCCAUAAUGAUACGAGGUCAAAUCCCCAAAACACCUGCAUUGACUCCUGUCGACUGGAGGCGGUUAUGAAUUAUGAACGCCAUGUAAAGAUAUUCACUUCAACUGGAAGAUUUACUUUUUAAACUUUGAUCGUAAUUAUGCAAAUUGCAUUUAUUUUUAUUACCAUUUAUUCUCUUGCUCCUGCCUGAAUGUAAACAAUAUACGAAAGUUUCAAUAAAUAUACGAGUCUGA